AUGGCUCAGGCAACUUAUGACAUUUUCAAUACCGAGAAAACUUCAGAGUAUGUUGGAAGCGGCAGAUAUUCCAGGAAGAAUCUAUUUGCCAGAGUUGGUCUAGCAAUUGGCAACUCGUAUCAUUACACACCAACAAAGUAUCUGUAUUCAACAUCAAUUGUUGAUGUUCCAGAAGAAUUUCUGUUGGAACCAUUCUCAAAGGAAGCUUGGUGCAAGGAAUGGAAUUGGAUAGGAUAUGUAGUUGUGGCUACUGAUCAAGGAAAGGUUGCCUUGGGAAGAAGAGAUAUAUUGGUUGCUUGGAGAGGCACAAUUCAGGCACUGGAAUGGAUUGAAGAUUUUGAUUUUCCAUUGGUGUCGGCUUAUAAAAUUCUUGGGAAAGCGUUGCUAAUACACAAUAGCAGUGGAGGUUGUUAUUGCAGUUUCUCAAAUUUGGAAGCAAAAACUAGUUUGUGA